AUGAUUAAUCCAUUGUUAUCAAUCCAGAACUCCCCAACCAAGCUUUUGAAACCACCAUUUUCGCCCUUUAACAGGAAACAACAACAACAACAAGAGAGGCCCAGCAAGAACAGCAAUACCCUUUUCAUGGUCGAAACCAAAUCAAGAAGAGCGGCGCCACACGCAUGUCUCUCCAUAACUAGAAAAAGAAGAAACAAUGGUGUGUCUGAAUCUGAAGAAACGGUGAGGUAUGAACAAAUGGGUGGUGAAGGAAUCUCGGUCUUGUGUGGGUUGGGUUAUUGGGUACAAGGAUCGAGAUGUUUCCCAUGGCUUGCACUUAAUUUCCAUAUGGUGCAUAGCCUCGGGCUCCAACCAUCGACGCUUCAGCUUGUGCAGUAUUCUUGCAGUCUUCCCAUGGUGGCUAAACCUCUCUACGGAGUUCUCUCAGAUGUUCUUUACAUCGGAAGUGGUCGUAGAGUUCCUUACAUCGCCAUUGGAGGUUAG